GGGCAGCUGCGCGCGGAGCAGGGGCUAGACCGGGAGCGCUGCAGUGGGGUCGACACGGCGCGGCGGUUGAGCGGUGGGCGGCUCCGGCGGGCGGGCGAGGACCCGGCGGAGCGGAGCGCGGCUUGUCCCCUCUCGAGCGGGGCACCCAGUGCAGCGCGGGACACACAGAAGGCGCUCAAUAAGUGCUGAGGGAAAGGAUGAAUGAAUGAACCCGUCCCCGCUGCCCAGCCCCAUCAGCCCCCGGUUUGAGGGCGUCCAGGCCACCCUCACCCCCACGCCACAGACUGGGGCAUCCCGACACUCAGCAGGGCGAGAUCUGCUUUACUUUGGUUCAUUGAAUCCCCGUAAAGAGGUCCACAUGCUUCAGCUCAUCCGUUUGUUCAGCCAGAGGUUACUGAGCAUCUCUUCAGCGCCAGGCCUUGCGAUCAUCCAGACGGAUUUUGAGAAGGCCCAUCGUUCGAAAAAGAUCCUCUCACUCUGCAACACCUUUGGAGGCGGGGUCUUUCUGGCCACGUGCUUCAAUGCUUUACUGCCGGCUGUGAGGGAAAAGCUCCAGAAAGUCCUGAGUCUUGGGCACAUCAGCACCGACUACCCACUGGCCGAGACCAUCAUGCUGCUGGGCUUCUUCAUGACCGUCUUCCUGGAGCAGCUCGUCCUGACCUUCCGCAAGGAGAGGCCGGCCUUUAUCGACCUGGAGACGUUCAAUGCCAGCUCGGACGUGGGCAGCGACUCAGAGUACGAGAGCCCCUUCAUGGGUGGCUCGCGGGGCCAUGCACUCUACGGGGAGCCCCACACACAUAGCCACGGGCUGAGUGUCCAGGAGCUGUCGCGCUCCAGCCCGUUGCGGCUCCUCAGCCUGGUCUUCGCCCUGUCGGCCCACUCGGUCUUCGAGGGCCUGGCCCUGGGCCUGCAGGAGGAGGGCGAGAAGGUGGUGAGCCUGUUCGUGGGGGUGGCCAUUCACGAGACGCUGGUGGCCGUGGCCCUGGGCAUCAGCAUGGCCAGGAGCGCCAUGGCCCUGAGGGACGCUGCCAAGGUGGCCGUCACCGUGAGCGCCAUGAUCCCCCUGGGCAUCAGCCUCGGCCUGGGCAUCGAGAGUGCCCAGGGCGUGCCCAGCAGCGUGGCCUCCGUGGUGCUGCAGGGCCUGGCAGGCGGUACUUUCCUCUUCGUCACUUUCUUUGAGAUCCUGGCCAAGGAGCUGGAGGAGAAGGGCGACCGGCUGCUCAAGGUCCUCUUCCUGGUGCUGGGCUACGCCGUCCUGGCGGGCAUGGUCUUCCUCAAGUGGUGACCAUCCCGCGCUGGGUGCCCGCCCCGCCCCCACCCAGCCAGAGCCUCGCCUCCCCUAAGGGUCCGAGCUCAGCCCCCGGGCUGCGCCUGCGCACAGAGGGGCCACCGGGGACUGCACUGAGCCCCAGAUCCUACACCCUGAGCCUUGGGGCACCGCUACUAAUUUUACAAAUUCUUCUCUUAAAAUUAUUCACCAAAGCUG